AUGACGAAAUGCACGCCAGGAACUGCAUGGCUUGCCUGUGGCACGGGCGACCACCCGCUGACGGCGAGCUGGGUGGAAAAGGGGCUCAUCAAGACCAACUGGGACACCUUUUCGCUCGACACAUCCACCUUUGUCGCCAACGGCACGCGCUACCUGAACCCCUGGACGAUCGGCGGCACGGCCGUUGCCAUCUCCCGCCCAACCCUGCCGUGGGAGCGUAUCGGGUACAAGGUCAACGAGGGGCCAUACGUGAUCCAGCGCAACGGCAAGGUCUUUCUGACGUGCUCGGCCAGUGCCAGUGCGACGGACUCCAACUACUGCAUGGGCAUGCCGACGGCGACGGAGGGAUCGGACCUGCUGAACCCGGCCUCAUGGAGCAAAUCGCAGAACCCCAUCUUCGCCAGCAAUCCAAAGACCAAUCAAUGGGGACCGGGUCACAACUUGUUUGUUGUGUCGGAGGACGGGUUAAGCGACAUCCUAGUGUAUCAUGACCGCGGGUACAAGGAUAUCCGAGGCGACCCGCUCAAUGAUCCGAACCGGCGGACAAGGAUGCAGAAGCUGUACUGGAAGGAGGACGGAACGCCAGACUUUGGGGUGCCCGUGCCGGAAGGGAACACACCAGUGCGGCUGCGGUCAGCCGCAGGGUUGGGCCAGGACGUGAGGUACUACACGGGCAGCGACGGUCCGACGGACACGCCGGCGCUGGCUGAUACCCAGUUUCGUAUCGCCAGUCCCGGGUUGGCGGGCGGGAGUAUGGUCAGCCUGGAGUCGACGAGCAACCCGGGCAUGUUUGUGCGCCGGGCGGACGAUGGAAGUGCGCAGUUUGUAAGCAGCGAUGCGCUGGGCUCGGCUUCUGCCAAAGCAUCGGCCAGCUUCAACCUCGUCCCCGGGUUGGCCGACGUCUCGUUCGAAGCGUCGGAUGCGAGUGACCAGUAUCUUCGGUUGGAAGCAAGCGGACGACUCACGACGGUACAGGCUGGGGAGGAUGCCCAGGAGCAGGCAACCUUCUUUUUGGAGUAG